AUGUCGCAACUCGGCUUGGCCAACAACAUCGCAACGGCGACUGGCAUCCUUGGAUGCGCGUGGUGGGCAGGCGCGGGACAGUCGUUGUCCAUCUUUAGCAUGUCGGCAGCCCUGGAAACCAGCGCAGAGCCCAUUCACGCGCUGAAGCUGUGGCAAAAUAUCUUCUUGCGCGGCAAGUCACUGGGACCCAAGCUCGCCGGCGUUGCCUUCGUGUCGCUGGUCUACUCGGCUUAUGACCGGUACAGCCACGGACUGGCGUGGAAGCCGUUCGUGGUUGCCGGGGCGCUAAGCAUCGCCAUCGUACCGUACACCUUUGUCUUCAUGUCGACAACAAACGAGAAGCUUAUGGCUGGUGCGCAAGGCGUCACGGCGUUGGGAUGGUCCGAGACCAAGGAGCUGCUCACGAGGUGGCAGACGCUCAAUUUUGUAAGGAGUUUUCUGUCAAUUGCGGGAGCCGCUGUCGGGCUCUGGUACUCUGCAUUCCAGUGA